AUGGCCGGCGUCGGCGCCUUCGCAGCAGCCAGCGCCCUGAGCAGUGCCUUCGUGGCACCGGCUGGCCAGAUCCAGCACAGCGAGCCUCAGGUGCAGAAGACCAACCUCCGCGCAGCAGGCUAUGGCUCCUCCCAGGCUUCCGGUGUUGGCGCCAUGGCUGGCCUCGGUGCCGUGGCAGGCCUUGCCGCAGCAGGCGUGGCAGGCAAGCGUGCCAGCAAGGGCCGCACCUCCCUCCAGGCCGUGGGCGUCGGCAUCAACGGCUUCGGCCGCAUCGGCCGCCAGGUGGCCCGCAUCGCCAUGAAGGAUCCGGAGACCGACCUGAAGCUGAUCAACGCCAGCUAUGAUGCUGACUACUUGGCUUACAUGAUGAAGUAUGAUACGAUUCAUGGAAAGUAUGAUGGCACCGUAGAGGUGGAUGGCGACUCCUUGGUCAUCGAUGGCCAGAAGGUGGCGCUGUCACACACCCGUGACCCGGCAGAGAUUCCUUUCGGUGAGCACGGUGCGGAGUAUGUCUGCGAGUCCACGGGCGUGUUCCUGACCACCGAGAAAGUCCAGCCCCACUUAAAGGCCGGUGCCAAGAAGGUGAUCUUCUCCGCCCCUGCCAAGGACGACUCCCACACCAUCGUCAUGGGCGUCAACGAGGACACCUACGACCCGUCCAUGGAGUGCGUGUCCUGCGCCUCCUGCACUACCAACGGCCUUGCGCCGGCCGUCCGUGUCCUGCAUGAGAAGUUCGGCAUCAAGCGUGGCCUGAUGACCACCUGCCACGCCAUGACCGCUUCCCAGCCCACUGUUGAUGGCACCUCCAAGAAAGACUGGCGCGGCGGACGUGCCGGCCCCGGAAACAUCAUUCCCAGCUCCACGGGUGCGGCCAAGGCAGUGGCAAAAGUCAUCCCGGACGUGAAGGGCAAGCUCACCGGCAUGGCGCUGCGAGUGCCUACCAUUGACGUCUCUGUGGUGGACCUGACAGUGGAGCUCGAGAAGGAGACCACCUACGAGGAGAUCUGCGCCGAGAUGAAGAAGCGUUCGGAGGGAGACAUGAAGGGCUACCUGGGCUACACUGAUGAGGCCCUCGUGUCCACCGACUUCGAGACCUGCCCGAUCUCUUGCACCUUCGACUCCAAGGCCGGCAUCAUGCUUGACCCCUCCUUCGUCAAGGUCGUGUGCUGGUAUGACAAUGAGUGGGGCUACUCUUGCCGCGUGGUGGACUUGAUCAAGCACAUGGCCAAGGAGGAUGCCAAAGCCUAA